UCGUAAAGAAUUUUUAUGUUGGUAUACUUAAUAAUUUUACCUCAAUGUUGAUUGGUGUUGAUUGUUGAUGUCAAUGGAGAAAUUGUGAAGAAAUAGAGAAAUUAAAGAUUUUUUUAUAUAUAUUGACAUCAAUAAUGAAAGUUUCUUAUCCAUAUUUUCGUAGCACCAUUUAAGUUUAAGAAAAAUGGAAGUAACCAAUAAACAUUCAAGGAUAUCACGACGAAAAUCAACUCAAGUAGCAACCCAAAUUUGUGCCAAAGAUGAAAGAAAUGCAUCAAUUAAAAAGAUUGCGGCAAUUUUACAAAAACCAGACAAUAUUCGAUCAGACGAUGAACUCGAAUUGUUGUUAUCGUAUGCAGAUAUUGUUAAGGAGGUUAAACGACGAUUACAAAAACGAUCAAUUGUAAAACAACGUUUGUUAGAGAUUGAGGAACCUAAAGAUGAACUAAGGUUAAAAUGUAAAAUGUUAGCACAAAGUAUCAGAGAUUCCAAACAUUUGGUUAUAUACACGGGAGCGGGUAUUAGUACUGCUGCUAGGAUACCAGAUUAUCGCGGAACGAAUGGAAUAUGGACUAGAUUACAACAGGGAAAAGAUAUUGGGACACAUGAUUUAAGCUUAGCUGACCCAACAUACACUCACAUGGCAUUAUCAACGUUAUAUCAUCGAGGAAUUCUAAAAUAUGUCGUUUCACAAAACUGUGACGGUUUACAUUUACGCUCAGGUCUUCCCCGUAACGUGUUAAGUGAACUACACGGUAACAUGGCAAUAGAAGUUUGCAAACAUUGUAAACCAAGUCGUGAAUAUUGGCGAUUGUUCGAUGUAACCGAGAACACUGCACGAUAUUCACAUAAAACAAUGCGCAAGUGUUAUGAAUGCAAUAACGCGUUAGUGGAUACAAUCGUACAUUUCGGUGAACGUGGAACGUUACAAUGGCCAUUAAAUUGGUCUGGUGCAUGUAAGAAUGCUGAUCAAGCCGAUACAAUCAUAUGUCUAGGAUCUAGUUUAAAAGUUUUAAAAAAAUAUCCAUGGCUAUGGCAAAUGGAUAAACCAGUGAAAAAACGUUCUAAUUUAUUUAUUGUUAAUUUGCAAUGGACUCCGAAGGACGAUCAAGCAACCCUAAAAAUUAACGGGAAAUGUGAUGCAGUUAUGAAGCUAGUCAUGGAAGAGUUGGGAAUUGAUGUGUUAGAUUAUAGACGGGAAACCGAUCCAAUUUUCGUUCAUGCAACUAGUAUAACGGAAUCAGAAGAUCACACAACAUCACAACCAGAAUUGAAACGGGAGAUGAAGGAGGAAAAAAUUGAAGUUAAGAUAGAAGAUGUUGUUAAAGAACUAAAACGGGAGGACAAAAUUGAAAUUAUGAAAGAAAGUGUUGUUAAAGAAUUAAAACAGGACGAAAAAAUUGAAAUUAAAAAAGAUGAUGAUAUUAAACCGGAAAUAGGAGAAAUUAAGCUGGAAAUCGAAGAAAUCAAAACAGAUAUCGGAGUGUGUGAUGAUGAUGUAAUAGAUUUAACAGAUAGUGACAUCGAAAUUGAUAUAAAGCGAUCGCCAAUAAAGGAUAGUAUUUAUGCAAUGGAUAACUUACUUGCGGAUAGUAAAAGUAAAAGACAAUUAAAUAUGGAAAGAUUUGCCCCACCUAGUUCAUCAAAUUCUCAAAAUUUCUUUCCAUUAAUUCCAAUCGAUUCAUUUAAUACGUUAGUUUCAUGUUAUAGUUCAUUAGGUCAAAAUCCAUUAGCAUUACUAAACGCGUCUUGGUAUCCAUAUCAAACUAGUUUUCUUUAUUCCGGCUUACAUAGCAUAAUCAAUCCUAUGCCAUUUUUCAAUUACGAUUUUCAUGAUUCAAAAAAUUUACAAGAACCAGAAACUGUAGUGCCGGAAAAACAAGUUCCUACAUGCGAUUUUUGUUUUGAUAGUUAUCAAUCGUAUAGUUGUUUGUUUUACAAAAAAUAUGAACCUAUUUUUAUAAAACCAGUCCAGAGGUAUUGCAAAAGUUCACAAGAGAGUAAGGAUGUAUAUUGUGAAUGUUGCGAUUAUACAAGUGAAUCGGAGGCUGAAGAUACGGACACGUUAAAGAAAACUAAAUUAGCAGAAGAGGAUAGUAUUGAUACUCAAGAUGGGUAUAAUAUAGAAAAUUCAAAUGAUAUUUUAGUUACGUCAAAUGUUAAAGUACAACCAGGUUGGUUUGGUAAAGGAUAUCGAAAAAAACGGACGAGAAAACGAUAGCAAAAAUGAUAUAUCUCUAUUUUUUUAAUUAUUAUUA